GCAAGAGGCAACACUGACAGCCUCCUCCCAGUCCCAGGCCAAGGCCAUGCCCGACUCGCAAUAAUUCCGAGCCCAGGACGCCGCAGUCGCCAUACUCCCCCGAGACCGAGACGGCGCAUUGGAUGCUCUCCCUCUCUCUCUCCCUCUCUCCAUUAUCGGAGGUCGGAGGAGGAACGCCCAUUCAUUCAUUUCCCCAAGCCAAAAACAAGGAAACAAGCCAGAAAAAACAAGUGUUUUUUGGUCGCUGCCCGCAUUCGCAGAGACGGCAGUGUUUUUGGUCCUGCACUGCUGCCUGCGCUCGCUUGCCUCGCCUUCCAGAAGAGGGAGAGAGAGAGAGGCACAUGGUUCUUGAGGGAUCCUUGCUUGUUGCUUCUUGGUAGCCCUGGGCCGGGCGGACGGACGGACAUUGCCGUCUCCUUCUUCCUUGGCGCCUUGGCGGCGGCACUGGGGGGGACUAAGCUAAUCCGGCAAUGAGGAAGCACGGAUGGCAGCUGCCCUACCACCCUCUCCAGGUGGUGGCGAUAGCCGUGUUCGCGGCGCUGGGUUUCGCCUUCUACGUCUUCUUCCUGCCGUUUGUGGGGAGCAAGACCGCGCAGAACGUGGCCAUGGGUCUCUACACCCCCUUGAUUACAUGCGUUGUCAUGCUGUACAUAUGGUGCGCUGCGACGAAUCCUGGUGACCCUGGCAUUUCCAAACCGUCGAAGCAUUUGAAAUUAGAUAAGGAUGGACAGCAGUCCCAGAUAAAUUCAGACCACGGAUUAAGUCAAGGAGGGAGGUCGUUGAGUGAAGGGUUUAAUGCUGUUGAUAACAGUGAGAAGCUGAGCAGCAUGCUGGAGAGAAAGGACUCACCUUCUUGGCCCAAAUGUUCUGAACUGCUCUGUUUAGUCUGUUUGCCAUUUUCCUGCCUUUGCAAAAGAUGCCUGCAUCCGGAGGAUCGACUUUCAGAGCAAAAUAUGAGUGAAGAAGGCAUGUUCUUCUGCAGCUUAUGUGAAGCAGAGGUAUUGAAGAACAGUAAGCAUUGUAGAGUGUGUGACAAAUGUGUUGAUGGCUUUGAUCAUCAUUGCAGAUGGCUCAACAAUUGCAUUGGGAAAAGGAACUAUAAAGGGUUCUUCAUUCUAAUGGCUUCUGCUGUUCUCCUGCUUGUAGUGCAGUGGUUGUCAGGAGUCCUUGUGAUAAUUCUGUGCAUUGUGAAGCGAGGAGAGUUCUCCAAACAGAUUGACUCAAAGCUAGGGAGCAGCUUCUCAACUGUUGCAUUUGUAGUUGUUGUGGCUACUUGCACAAUACUAGCAAUGAUUGCGACUGUACCACUUGCUCAACUUCUAUGCUUCCAUAUUCUUCUUAUCAAGAAGGGAAUUAGCACGUAUGACUACAUCAUAGCUUUGAGGGAGCAAGAGGAGGAUCAGCAAGAAGAGGUUGCUGGGCACCAAAGUCCACAGAUGUCUAUUAUUAGUUCUGUUACUGGCUUCAGCACGGCAAGUUCUUUUGGUCCACUUCAUCGUGGUUCAUGGUGUACUCCACCACGAUUAUUCCUUGAAGAUCAGUUUGAUGUCAUUCCUCCAGAGAUUGGCAUGUCACAGAACUCAGGAAGCAAGAAAAUGAAGGUAGUGGAAGGAGCAAGAAGAAGAAAUGGAACAGUAAAAAUCAGUCCCUGGACACUGGCACGCCUUAAUGCAGAGGAAGUGUCAAAGGCAGCUGCACAGGCAAAGAAGAAAUCUAAGAUUCUGAAACCAAUUGCGAGACAAGACCCUCCGGUUGUCCAUGAGAACAGGAGGGGGCGAUUCCAUUCUGAACUCUCUCUUGACCCCCUUGCAAGGCUAUCUGCAAGCGGUACCGAAAGCAACUCCAGCGAUGCCGCGAUGGAAGCAUCUGCCAGUCUAGCCCCAUUACAGCUUGAAGCAAGGAGUGCUUUUCAACCAAGUACUGCAGCAUCCUCCAGAAUUGCUGCCUCAUCACCUGAAAGUAGCUUUGGUUCACCUGAUCUGCACCCCUUCCGCAUUUCUACUUCCACAGCUGAUGAGAUGCAGGUCGUCAUGCCACAUCCAGCUCAGAAUCACAUUGAGUUUACAAGAUCGACUAGUGAUGGGUAUGAAGCGUCGGGAGGCGAAGACUCUGACCGCAUCCCUUCAAGAAUCGUGCACAGAUCGUCCAAUUGGGCUAACUCAAUUCUUCAUUCCGGUCAGGCAGGCUUGGCGCCUGAUCAGUGCAUGCCAUCGUCCGAAGGGUUUCUUAGUAACACCAGGUCAAGUUAGCUAGAUAUGCCUUGUUCCCAAUCUCCAGCCGGAAUCAUAUGAAGAACCUGGGUGGUGUUGGUUACUUGAUCCUUAGUAUCGCUGAAUAUGGCACAUCAAUGCUGGCAGAACAUUUGUUAGUUUAUGGUCUAGGAUUAGAUUUUGUUAGUGAUUCAUGCGUAGUUCAUUUGAUGUUAAUGCAUUCAAUACUUCUAAUGUGCUCACUGUUACUUACAGUCGCAUUGUCUCCUGUAUUGGCAAAUGUGAAAGCGAGAUUUCAUACAAAUUGCAGUCGUUUAGCUCUGUAUUAUGUU